AUGGCUCUUCGUCUUGCUAACACGCCUGCUCUUCGCUCCACCGCUCGUCUUUUGGUGCGUCAACAACCUAUGGGUCUUGUAAAGAUUCACUCUUCUGUUGCUCAAUCCAAUGCUAUUGCUACUCACAAGCCUGAUCGUCUUCAUGGCUCCUACCAUUGGGAUAUUGAACGCGCUGCUUCCCUUGCUUUAGUUCCCAUCAUUGCAUCUCAACUCACAUACGGUGCUUCACCUGUUACUGACGUUCUUUUGGGUGUUGUUCUCCCUGUUCAUCUUCACAUUGGUUGGGAUGCUUGUAUCACUGAUUAUUUCAAUGCUCGCAAGAGUGUCUUUUUGAACAAAUUGAUGACUGGUACCUUAUGGGUCAGCACUGCUGGCGUCCUUGUUGGCUGUUACCAAUUCAACACUAACGAUAUUGGUUUGACUGAAUUCAUCAGCAAGAUGUGGGCUUAA